UCUUCAACUUUUAUUUCGUACGGACAGAAGAAGUUAACUCAAAAAUGGCCAUCAAGUUGGCUGUCGCUCUCACUUUCUGCGCUGUAGUAAACGCUGCCUUCGUAGCUGUUGCCCCUGCCGCCGUGGCUGUGGAAGAAUACGACCCCCAUCCACAAUACAAAUAUGGCUACGAUGUGCAAGACAAUCUGUCUGGUGAUUCCAAAGGACACGUCGAGGAGCGUGAUGGUGAUGUGGUACGAGGCGAAUACUCGCUGAUCGAUUCUGAUGGUUUCAGACGUGUUGUAAGCUAUACAGCAGACCCAAUUAACGGUUUUAACGCCGUCCUUCGUCGUGAACCCUUGGUUGCCCCUGUCGUCGCCUCUGCCCCAGUUCUGGCCGCACCAGCACCAUUGGCCGCUACAGCUCCGGUUGCGCCGGCUUUUGCCUACAGCCAACUGUAGAACAUCGGGUCGUUCAACUUAAUAUUGUUUUGUUGCUUUUGGAUUAAUUUGAUAACGUACAAAAAUAAAUGUGAUUUAUGUUUUAAGAGGUAAUUAUAUUAUGCGUUUUCGAAUAGAAUGGAUCACUUUUUCGUAAUUACAAUGUCUAAAAAAUCAGAAAAGUUAGCGAGUUUUUAACAUGACCUAGAGUGGA